AUAUCUUAAAGCAGAACGUCACCUUACUCAAGCAGAAGAGAUCCUUUUAGGUAGUUUUACAUAUACAGCUGAAGCAUUAAAAACAGCAGUAGAUAUUCAACUGGUUCAAAAGCUACAAACUAAAGUCAUUUCACUCCAUCCUGAAACUGAAUCGCAAAUGCAACUAUGA